AUGAAACUAUCUCGGUUAAUAGUGCCGAUUUGCUUCUGCCUAUCUCGUGGCGCUAUUGCUUUGUCUGCUUACGCCCAUGACGGUUCUCACGGCGGGAUGGACAUGGAUAUGGAUAUGAGUAGGAACUCGGUUACUGCUGAGACCACAGAAACAGCUACUCAUCAAUUGAACGGAUCUGCUGACUCUGAGACCGCAAUUCCUUCCAUUGAGCCUGUCCCCUUCGAAGGACACCAUCACCAUGGGCUGCCUAUUCUUGACACAGAUUUAUCCCCAGCUGAGAGACUCUACUGGGAAAACUAUAAUACUACGACCUACUUCACCGUGGAGUCCAACUCAAGGUUUUUCUUGUACGCCCAUGUCAUCUCAAUGGUUGUGACUUUUGUGUUCUUGUAUCCAGUAUGCUUGGUUCUCAAUAACGUCAAAAACAAGUGGUACUUGCCGGCUCUAUCCGUUCACGCGAUAGUUACCGUUCUGUCCUUAAUAAGCUACUCUAUCUUCAUUGAUUCAGUCCCAGACUUGUACCCUAAUAAUGCUUACACAAAAAUGGGGGUGGUUCUCUUUGUCUUCACGGUUGUGCACUUCGUGUCCGCCGUCAUUUACCAGGGAUCGAAAUUUUUUGCAGUUCUUCCGUCAACCCCUAAUGACAAUUCUCACGCCCAAUUUUUGCCAUUGGAAGAUUUAUCAAACAAGGAGCAUAACAAAAAGCAUGAGGUUAAUUCUACGUCAUCCACCUUAUUUGAUUACGAAACUCGUGACAGUCAUUCCAAACAGUUUCGUUCCCAAUAUCGAGACUCGCUGAACAGCAGCUUCCAGUUAGACGAUAGAGAAGCCAAUUUCUCCAUCGAUAAUAGUUCAAAUGGAACAAUCCACGAUGUUCCGAGUAUUCCCAGCCAAGAUCACGAUUCUUACUCUUACAAAGUCGAUGGAGCUCUUCAAAGGUUGUUUGAGGUGCCUUGGAUCGCUAGGAUUGCUGUAUCCCUUGGUUCUGUUGCUUCAGUUGUCUUUAACCUCCUCAACUUUGGCAUAUUCUUCUUCUUUUUAAUUUAUUUUCCCACGGGUGUAGCUGUACUCAAUUGCUUAGGUAUGGCAAACACUGUGUUCAACCUAUUAGCACAUUUCAUCAAAGGAGGUGUUUUUUUCAGUCUCGGACUGCUAUCUCUUGCCCGUUAUUGUGGUGGUUUCCAAAAACUUGGUUGGGCUUGGAAUUACUCUUUUAUCAACCGUUAUGAGAAGAAAGACUCAAUCUGGUUUAGAUUUCAACCAAGAAAUGUCAUGAUCACAAUGGAAAUGCUAGAGAGCAGCUUAAUUCUUUUUUAUGGUUGUACCAACGUAUUUAUGGAGCAUCUGUCUAAUCCUGGCGGUGAAUGGGCCGCAAAGGACUUGCAACAUGUAUCCAUUGCUUUUAUGUAUAUUGGCUGUGGUCUCUGUGGAGUGAUUACUGAGCUUAAGCUAAACAAUUGGAGGUUAAUUAAGUUUCAGUCCACAGUAGAGGAGAUCAACAAUGAAAAUGAACCUAUUGAUGCUGAAUGUUUCACCAACGUUACUUGUGGUUUUUCCCCGAAUCCUUUCCCUGCAUUCACCAUCUUUUGGACAGGGUUAUUAAUGUCUCAGCACGCUCAGGCUUCGGAAUUAUCCACUAGUAUACAUGUGCAAUGGGGUAGUCUUCUGACUUAUGGAUCCUUAUUCAGAAUCGCUACUAUGUUGUACCUCAUGUUUAAUAAAACCUACAAGGGAGAUUUAUUUCAACCUUCUAGACCUUUAACAGAAUUGGUUACCAGCUUCUGUCUUCUUUGUGGAGGCUUGGUUUUUGCAGAAAGCACUGAUCCUAUUGUCUUGGCAAUGGCCUACCGUGGUUUAACUGGAAUGUUUACCCUGAAUGUCAGUGUUGGUGUUGUUGCCUUACUAAUGGCCUGGAUCAUGACAGUGUUCAGCAUCAAGGAUCAUCUUAAAAGAUAA